CCUGGCUAUAAGGACAUGGAUCAUAGUAUUUAGGUUCAAUGAACUCCCAUGAGAAACAAGUAGACUCCCUGUAGGACGGCCUUUUCUUGUCAAAUAAGGACCAGAAAACGUCCGUGUUCGAGAGAAAGAAAAAAAAAUCUGAUUGCGAGACACUUAGAGAACUGAAGACACUGAAGGAUGGUGCCGGAAGCGCUGCUGUCAGGGAUGAUGCUGAUGUGCGUCAUGAUCGUGUGCCUUUGGACCAACUGCAACAAAAGGGCGGUGCUCGCGGAGGGUCAGUUCACCGUCCCUGGGAAGACCUUCGAGGUCUAAGGCGUUGGAGGUGGAGGUGGAACUCCAGGGGAACCUCCAGUUCGUUGGAGGUGGAGGUGGGUCUCCAGGGGAACCUCCAGUUCGUUGGAGGUGGAGGUGGGUCUCCAGGGGAACCUCCAAUUCGUUUGGCGACUGAGACUGUGAUCGUGGAGUGAGUUCGAUUAGCCAUUGUUAGAGUCGGAAUAUUUCGUUUCAGCACACAGCAAGUUUGUAAGAUAAGAUUACUGUAUAAUCUGAUUUCUUGUUAAAAACAGGGAAAAGUGAAAGGAGUGAAAGUGACAAAACGUUUAGAUUUGUAAUCUCAAACGUUUCGCAUGAUCAUAACAAACAUUAGCGAACCGCAAAACCAGGUUAUAAAUUAGGACCAACAGUUAUAUCACAGCCACAAAACCAACAACAUUAACACAUGCCAUUGACACAAAUUAGUAAAUCCUUCUGACCUCAGAGUAAACAUUGGGUCUUUUGCCGUUACUGCCACACGAAGCCAGAGUCCUAGAACCUUUGUCGGUCUCCCCGGGGUCUCUCACGACGGUCGCUGCCAACCGAACCGCAAAGACACCAUGCUGGCUGAGCUGGUCCUAACCGGAGUCUUCGGCGCCGCUUUCUACCUCAUCCUGGACCAGAUGAGGCUGCUGAAAGACCCGGUCGUGGUGGUCGUUAGGGAUUCCCGAGAUCCCGAGGGAGAGCAGCAAGGGGCCCCAGACAAGAAGGAAAAGAAAGACGCGAAGACCCCCGCCAAGAAAACCACCGACGCUGCCAGAAAAGAAGACUGACGGGUUCGCAGACGGUUCAUGCAUGGCUUCUGACUGGAUUGCGAUUCAUAGGUGGCCUGAAGGAUUCGUGUGGCUAAGUAGGAUUAAAGCUAAAAAAAAGGUCAACGUAGUGUAGUUGCAUGAGUCAGCCUCGGCCUCAGUAGAGUAGUAGCACAUAGGCCUUCGCUUCGAUUUCGUUUUACAACAUAGCGACUGUUAGAAUAAGUAUAGCAGUAGCGUGACGCGCUUUUAUAGUAGGCUUAACGUACCCGUAUGGUUACAAUAGACACAAGUAAAGCACGUUAUCGAGGUAUUUUCUCUAGGCUUCAUCUUAGACCAUUGCAUAGAAGGGCAGCCAAUCACUCUAACUCACACAAAAGGAAGAAAAAAAGAAAACAGACUGCUAUCAAGCAAUAACAAGCAAUCACGGUGCUCGAGGGGAGGUAAUUCACACAAUUGACCAAUCACCUGACAAAUCACACAAAAAAAUCUAGACCGAAGCUUGUUAGGACCCGCAUGGAGCUUAGUCCUUCUCAUUUCUUUCUAGACACAGUAAUAUCUCUGGGUUUGGGGUAACCUGUGCUGGAUAGCGGCGGGAGAAACAUAUGAAAGCACAUUUUCUCUGCAUUAAAGAAUCUAUAAACGAAUGAGUUAAAUAUACCAAAAGAAAGAGAUUCCAAUACCAUAAAAAACAUCGACAAGAGGGUUAGAUCCCCUAAGCCUGGAUAACAGACAUACAACGGUUAGUAAAACAAGAUGAUCCGGAGAAGAGGACCAGAAGAGGGCGGUUAUUAUCUAAAGAAACUACAAGACGAAGAGGAUUCACAGAGCAAUAAUGGCGAGGUGCCGGAGAUGACGGAGAGGCUCUUCAAAGUGAUCAUUAUAGGGGAUCCUACUGUGGGCAAGACAUCCUUCGUGCAACGCUACGUGCAAGAUUCCUUCAGGAGGGACUACAAGGGGACAGUAGGAGUCGAUUUUGCGCUCAAGAUCCUCAAAUGGUCCGACUCUGAGACGAUAAAGUUGCAGCUUUGGGAUAUUGCAGGUCAAGAGAGGUUCACAUGGAUGACCCGCGUGUACUACAAGGACGCGCAAGGUUGCAUCAUCAUGUUCGACCUCACGAACCGCAACUCCUUCCUCAACACACUCAAGUGGAAGAAGGACGUGGAUUCUAAAUGCACACUUGAAGACGGGAGCCCCAUUCCUUGCAUGCUGCUGGCGAACAAGUGCGACUUGCCCCACCGCCAAGUCGACCAGCUAGAAAUCGAGAAAUUGUACAAAGAUCACAGCUUUACGGGAUGGACGGAGACAUCAGCCAAGGAAGGACUGAUGGUGACUGAUUCUAUGAGGUUCCUGGUGGACGUGAUGAUGAAGCAGAAGGACGACCGGGACGAGGACUCCAACCAGUCGUCUCUGCGCCUCACGCCCGCCGACCCCGAGAAGCCCCACGGAUGCUACUGCUAAGACCCCGGAUGGUGGCGGCGGCGGCUGAGACGAGGUCCUCGCUGUCUCCGCCGUCAGAUCGUCGCAUUUGAUGUUAUCUCUGUUGUAGUGAGAUGCCAAAUUGCCCAUUUCCAAUUCUCUGUAUAAUUCUAAAAAAAAGAGGAGAGAGAUUAUAUGAGACCCAUUAUUACUGAGUAAAUAAAGUGCACAGAAGC